AUGGUCGCCGUCUUCCGCGUUGACAAACAAGAGGAAGGCGACAAUUUCAGCCUGCGAUAUGGCAAUGCUGCCUACAAUGCCUCCAUUCACAAGGCGGCAGUGGCUCUUCGGCCGUUUCUGGCGCACGGAGGUCUUCAGAAAGCUGCUCUCCAGCUGGACCUGGAGUACGGCAGAGAUGUGCUUAGCACGCAGUACAGCAAACUGCAUCGGCUCAUCAGUGAAGCCAACAAAUCAGCGACUGCAACCAGGAGUGCUCCGGAUCUUGCUGCAUGGAUGGUUCAGAUGCUAACCUUGGCAUUUCGGACAAGGAUUAUUUCACUUUCAAAGGCUACUGAGCAAUGGCUUUGCCACAACAGGAGCACCGGGGCCAUGGGAUUUUGGGCUGCUUGCCUUGUGUCUUUGGAGGCAUGGGUGCUCUGUCCGUCCAGCGUAGUCCUGGACCAUGCGAGGAAGCUGUGUGGCAAGCUCCCGGAAGCAGAGAAAGCCAAGUUGGAGGCAGUCCUCAACGAGCUAAGUGACCCUGAGGUUUGCUGGGCGAAAUUUCUCAGUGAAGGCUACAGCAAGAUGGAUGCCCCCAUCGGGGAGGAUGAUGAUGCAGAUCAGGUGGAUUGUGCUGAGCUCUCCCAGACAUACUUGGCAAGUGUAAAGGAGAAGUUCAACAAGGCCACCGGCUCAAUGCUGGAUCUUCUGCUGCAGGUCAUGUCCGGCAAGUUUCUUCAAGAUUGCCGCAGUUUGGCCACAGCAACUACAACGUUUGCGCAGGCUCUUGCAGCGGCUGCAGAUGGGCAAUUUUCCAAGUCAGUGGUGACUAUGACGGGAUCCGUGCCUGCCCCGAGCCUGCUCUCUUCUCUCAACCUCACGGAAGAUGCGGAUGAGGCUGACAGAGCACGGCAAUGGAAGAGCGUUCAGGCAGAGAGGAAGAAAUUCGUUUCUUUUUCAGUUCCAGCAUCUUGGACAAAGGACGCCAUCCUUGCAGCGUUCCGUGGCUCAGGGAAGGUGUUCAGUCACAAAGGCAGCCUGAACAGCGCACAUCGCCUCAUCUGUGCUGCAGCCGAUCUUGUGAAAGAAGACACCAGUGAGCCCUGGAGCACUCGCUGCACACCCGCUAAAACCAUGUGGGAGGAGGUUUGCAACUUCUGUGCCGGAGUCAGCGGGUCGGAAGACUUCAUCAUGAUCUUUGAUGGUCGCAUGCGUGAGGUCAGGCGCUGGAACGACCCUUCGCUGAAUGAGGACCAAUGGCAGAAUUUCCAGCACACUGAAGAAGCCACGAUCGUUUACUCGGGAGGUUGUCCUCCCAGGGCCGGUCGCACACGACGUGUGCCUUGUGGUGCCAGGAAGUUGGAGUCCAUCACCAUCCGCUUCCCAGUUCAGAGGGCCAAGAUUCGUGCUGAGAAGAAAGCGGCCUUCAAUGCAUGCGGUGAGGCGUCGACCUACCAGGGCACCUACUCCGGUGUCAGCUUUCGUGCCACGUCGGAGAUUCCUUUGAUUUCAAAGGAAGAGAAGGCAAAGGUCCUGGAACAGACCGUCCCAGAUUCACCUGAGACUUGGCAGGAUGUGCAUGGCACCGAUGUUCCGCUCUUUUGGCAAGAGUCAAAGCCAAUUGCCUUUUACACGGCCGUGCUGACGGAGUACAAGAUCCAGGCUGUCUUCGAUCUCACCGCUGGCAGUGGUGCCCUCAUGGAGGCUUGCAUGGGUCUCAACCGCAGUCACAUGGCCUGGGUGCAGGCAGUGGCCGACAGAGCUGCUUGUGGCCUCAUGGCAGUUGAAGGGUCCAGCCUCUUCUCCGAGGAGGGUGCGAAAGGAGUGCGCAAGCACUUCAAGAACAUCUUGGAGUCCCUCGUUCCUGCGGGACAGGAUGAUCAGGAGGAGGAGCUUGAGCCAGCCAGUCCGACUCAGGGGAUCAAGCUUUGUUGGCAGAUUUUGCGCUACAGUUUCUGCCUCGCAAAAAUCGCGGCUGCAAGGUGCUGCAAGAAAGUGCGCCGGACCAAAGAAGCUAAGGUGCGAGCUGCGGCAGUGAAAGCAGGACUUGCUCCUCCUGCGCGCCGUGCAUUCCCCCUUUUUGUGAUGGAGAAGAACACAGUCCAGAAAGGUGGCUCCAAAAGGGCUUUUCAGAAUGAGCUCAAGCGCCUUGGCAAAGUUUGGUCCCGGCUGCCCGAUGCAAGCAAGCAGCCCUACUAUGAGAAGAGCGCUGCAGAGUUUGUGCGACAGCGAGAUGCCUUGGCAGCACACGGCAUCUUCUGCGGCCAACGUCCGCAGAAGCCUGUUCAUGUGAUGGAGGCUCCAGUGUCGAAGGCAGCGUGCAUCGGGCCGUACGUGCUGGAGUCACCUGAGUCUAUUGGAGCAGGCCCAGUCCGGUUGGGAACUGGUGCGUACGGAAAGGUCUACAAGUGCAAAUGCUUGGAGACAGGGCGGCAGCUGGCAGUGAAAGCGUUCUAUGGCCGCUUCGCUGGGGAUGAAGCAGCCCAGGAAAUCAAGCUAUAUCGGCAUCUCAUUGCAAACCUUCUCCAGUCGGACCUGCACUUCUUUCCUGUGUUCCAUGCUUCCGAUGCAGCCUCGGAGCCCUACCCCUGGCUUGCCAUGGAGUAUGCCGGUCCCUGUCUCAAUGGCAUCUUGAGAACAGGGUCAAAGUUGCCCAAACGAUCCGUCUUUGCAAUCGUUGCCCAGCUGAAGUUUGCCUUGAUGGCGCUGCACCAAGCAGGAAUCUUGCAUCUCGACGUCAAGCCGGCAAACAUACUGUGGUGUGGGCAGCUGCAGCAGCUGAAGCUAUGCGACAUGGGCAUGGCCGAAAUGCGCGAUGUGGCCAUGAAGGAUUUGCGGUACACCGAGUAUGUCACCUAUCCUUUUCGACCCCCAGAGCUACUUGACGUUCACGGGGAGAAGGAGCUUCAAAGGCUGCAUCGACUGCUGACCCCAGCCGUAGACCAGUGGAGUUUUGGAUGCACCAUCUUCUAUGUGGCCACCUGUAAGCCUCUCAUGGAAGGACUUGUUGGCAAAGCCGACGGUUUGAGCAAAGCAACACUGAGUCUGUGGUGUGCCAAUUGGUCGCAUUUUGCGAAUCCCAAUCAGGCCAAACGAGCCAACUUGAGCAGGCAGGUGCUGCAGCUGUACAGUCGGCUUCAGUUGGCUGCUGAUUUGCAGGGAAGCAUUCUGAAAGCUUGCAAUCCCAAGGCUUCCAGUCACAUUGAAGACGUGACUUUCGUUGCUACAGAUGAUCAGCAUGCCGGGCCCACGACCACUUUCAGCGGAAGACUGUCUUUCGUUGCUCGGCCAGUCUUUUUCAAUUUCGGUGAAUCGUUGAAGUCGCAGCAUGUGGGCGAAACGAAGCGGAAGCUUGUCGUCCAGAAGCAUGCCAACUUGCCGCACACGUGGCCGGCCAUUUGCAGGCAGACCAUGCAGGUCGUGAAACUCUGUGUGGCCGGCGUGCAUCUGAUCAACUUGGCGGCCUUUCUGUUCCGCGACUGGGAGCUGCAGGAUGAUGUGCCGACGGCAUUUUUGGCGGCCUACCUCAUGUACCGUAGCAAUGCCGUGAAUACCAAAGUGAAAGUUGACAGCUUGGCCUACAAGGUCAUGAUGUUUGCCAACCCCUUCUUCAGCCCUGGCUGGACUGUCAUCCAGGCAUUUCGUGGCUCUUUCACGCAUGCGGUUGCUGCCGGCCGAGGCAACGACCCCGUGUGCCGGCACUUGAAGACUCUGCAGCGGUUGGCAUUGUUCUUCCUCAGCGAAGCCCGUUUGUGGAAGGCGCGAGGCAACUUCUGCUUGGCAGCCACCAUUGUCAAGUACUUCAAAGCAACAGGGGGCGUGUGCAGACGGAAAAGAUUCCUGGCAAACAAGAUAGCUGCGAAGCGCGACGUCAAGCAAGGGACAAAGAAGAAGAAGGCCAAAGCUGUCAUCCAGCAGAACAAAGACAUCCAACGAUUCUGCCUUGCAGAUGCUUUAGCGCUGGCAGCUAUCUUCGUGGAUGGAAGGCUGUCGAAGCACUUCCAAGGCCAGCAGUCCAAGACUUGGACGGUCUCUGCAGAUGUGCUUGAUGACAUCCCUUUCGAGGCCUCUAAUCUCAUGCCUGUCCAUAUCCUCGCCACGUUGCAGUGGCUCGGUCGGGUGGAGGCGGGCCCGGACGAUGAUGGCGGGGCCGUUUGGAAUGGAACAAAUGCUCGUGUGUUUCGAACUUGGUGUGGCGGAAAGCCUGUAUCCCGAGUGCUGGAAGAUGUCCAGGGCCACUUGGAGGAGCAUCGUCUGGCUCUGAAGGCUCGCAAAGCCGACACGAGACCUGUUGAGAAAUUAAAGCAGGGAUUGAAGGCCUCCAUGAUACCCUGGAAUGCAUGCCAAGCAGUCACAUGCUUGAUGAACUUCGCGUUCCAGAAAAGAUGUAAGUGGGUUGGAUCCACACAGCCCACGCUCAACGGCAAGCUGGCUGCUUUCUUGGACAGAAGGCCGCUUGCCCACCCUAAACCCCUAAACCCUAAACCCUAA